AGGCUGCUGUUGCUGCCACCAUGUUCGCCGAAGCGCUGCCUCGAUCCUGCGACACCUUCGUGGCGCUGCCGCCCGCCGCGGCGGGGGCCCGCGUAGUCUUCGGGAAGAACUCGGACCGGCCGGCGGAUGAGGUGCAGGAGGUCGUGCACUUCCCGGCCGCCGCGCACCCGCCUGGCGCCGCGCUGGAGUGCACUUACAUCACCAUCGAGCAAGUGGAGAAGACCUGCGCCGUGGUCCUGAGCCGGCCCGCCUGGCUCUGGGGGGCUGAAAUGGGCGCCAACGAGCACGGCGUGUGCAUCGGGAACGAAGCGGUGUGGGGCAGAGAGGAGGUGGGCGAUGAGGAAGCUCUCCUCGGCAUGGACCUCGUAAGGCUUGGACUUGAGAGAGCAGACACAGCUGAAAAGGCUCUUUCUGUCAUAGUCGAUUUGCUAGAAAAAUAUGGACAGGGAGGAAACUGUAUGGAGAGCCACAUGGCAUUUACAUACUAUAACAGCUUUCUGAUAGCUGACAGAAAGGAAGCAUGGGUGCUGGAGACAUCAGGAAAAUACUGGGCAGCAGAAAAAGUAGAAGGAGGUGUACGAAAUAUUUCCAACCAGCUCUCUAUCACAACCAAGAUUGACAGAGAACACCCAGGACUGAGGGAAUACGCCAAAAGCAAGGGCUGGUGGGAUGGGGUAAAGGAAUUUGAUUUCGCUGCCACAUAUUCUUAUGUAAAUACUGCCAGAAUGACCACAUCCAGAGGACGAUAUUGUGAAGGCUAUAAACUUCUGAACAAACACAAAGGAUCUAUCACUUCUGAAAUAAUGAUGGAAAUUCUUCGUGACAAAGAGAGUGGCAUUAAUAUGGAAGGUGGAUUUAUGACAACUGGAAGCAUGGUGUCUGUAUUGCCUCAGCAGCCUAAUCUGCCAUGCAUUCACUUCUUUACUGGAACUCCAGAUCCUGCAAGGUCUGUUUUCAAGCCUUUCAUUUUUGUGCCCAAUGUUACUCAGUUGCUGAAAACCAGCUCCCCUAAUUUUGGCCAAGAUGAUCCAGUUAAGAAGCAACCACGUUUUCAGACUAAGCCAGAUCGAAGACAUGAGCUCUAUAAAAAACAUGAAAGUGCUGCUGUAGUUAUGGAAACUAUGGAGGGCAAAGGUAAAGAGAUGCUGAAAGAUAUACAGGAGUUGGAGAAACAGAAGAUAAAUGAAAUGGAAUCAAUCCUGCAAAAUGGAUGUCUCGACACUAGCCAAGCAGUUAACCUUUUUUCACAGUGUGUAGAAGAAGAACUCAAAAUAUAUAGCUAAAACUA